AUGAAAGAAGAAGAAGAAGAAAAUGGAGAAAAAGAGGAUGAAGUCAUGUGAAAAAAUAUGUGUGCAGAAGAAAAAAACGGAACUUUUUUGGGACCAUGUGGAGGAAAUCUGGGUGAAAUUUGGCUCGAAAAUGUGAAAAUUGAAAUUUUUGCCACGUGGCUUUGAAAUUGGGUGAUGAUUUCAUCCUAUAAUUAGAGCUCAAAGUUAAGGAAAAAAUUUAAAUUUUUUGGACAAUGAAAGUAUCUAAAAUUUAAAAGCUGAAAAAUACAAUUCUGAAAUUUUAGCCCCAAAAUAUUAUUUGGCUUUUUCAGAGUUUUUAAAUUCAGAUUUGGCUUUUUUGAAUUUGAAUUGGAUUUAUUUUAACUCGAAAUUUUACGCAAAAAAAUGGUAAUUUUUUGAAAAAAACAGAAGAUUCAGGAAAUCAGGGCUAGAAGUUUCAAAAUUUUAGGAAAAACUCUGAUUUUUGAAGCUGAAAAAUUGAAUUUUCUGGUCCAGCUGAAAAUUUUGGAAUUUCUGGAAAAUCUUUUUUUUUCAUUUUGGGUUGUGCCAUUAAAUUUUGCCGCUGAAAAUUUUUUGAAGCUCAAAAUUUUCAGUCUUGAACUUCUCAGCUUGGCUCAAAAAUCGUUGAAGUUUUUUUUUUUCAUACGUGGAUUUUUUGGCGCCAAAACUGAACAUUUUCUCAAAACAUUUUCAGUGGAAAAUUGAGUUUUCAGAGACAGAAAAACGAAGAAACGAACCAGAAAAUUGAAUUUGAAGGUGUUUUUUUCUGGCUGAACUUUUUCAGCAAGAAAAUUGCAUUUUUUGGCGCCCAAACUAUCGAUUUUCUGAAAAAGUGGAAGAAAAGUUCAAAAAUAUGAUUAUAUUUUUCUCUGUUUCAGGUGUCAAAUAACACAAAAAAAGUUUUUUUUCGGGGAAAUUUGAUCCUUUUUUCUUUCUUAGAAAAAAGAAAGAAUUAGAAAACAUUUUUGAAUGGAAAAUUUCAGAGUACUGUAGUUUUUGGCGCUAAAAAUCAUGAAAAAAUUUGACAAGGUCAUUUCUUGGGAGGAAAAAAAUAAAGAAGAAAAAUAAUCCUAGGAUUAUUUCAAAACCUGAUUUUUUCUGCUGAAAAAAAAUUUAAAUACAAAAAUCUUGAAUAGAAAAUUUUGGCGCCAAAAAUUUAUAUGCCACGUGGCGCCAAAACUGAAGGUGUCAUUUUCCCCCUUGAAAAUCAGGAAAAGCUCAAAGAAGAUUGAUUUUCACAUCAAUCUUUUUUGAUUCUUUUACACAUCCGAAAAGUGUUGUAACAAAAACAUUUCAUUUUGCUUUUUUUCGGCGGAAAAUGUGUUACUUUUUUCUAAUUUUUAGAAAAAAGUUAGAACUCACAAGAUUUCAGUGAAAAAUUCAAAAUUUCCAGCUGAAAAUCUGAAAUUCUUUCUCUAGCCACAAAAAAUAGCCAAAAAACACACAAAUUCAAAAAUGUAUGAAUGUUUUUCCAAUAUUGUCAUAAUGUUGUUUUUUCCUGCUUAUUGCGAAAAAAAAACAAAAAAUGCAUCAUAUUUGGCGCCAAAAACGGGAAAAAUAGAAAAUUAGAUAAUUAAUUAAUUAACAAAAUUAUGUCACCAGAAAAAAAGAAGUUUUUCCGCGCGAAAAAAAAAUAAAAUCUCAACUUUUUUUCCCAAGACACCGAUUAGGCUAAGCCACCCAGAAACGAAAAAAAAAGGAGAAAAAUAGCAGAUUUUCAUAUAUUUUUGAAGUGUUAUACAACUUUUUUUGGAAAAGUAGUAACAUAAAAGCCACGUGGCAUUCUAAACCUUUUUUGAAUUCAAAUUUUGUUCUAAAAAUAUGCCCUUUUAGUCUGAUAAAGCAACGAAACACACACAAAUUUUUGAAAGAGUGCGAACCAUGCAAUUUUCAUCAAUAGGGCGCACUUCCAUUUUUACUUUUAUUUUCUUGUUUUUUUUUGUUUUCCGAUAUUUUUCAUUUUCGUGUUUUUCGUUGAACUAGUAUUCUCCAAGGGAAAAGCGACAUUGGAGAGAUUCUCAGGGUUCCCAUAUGUUAUAAUUUGAACGUGUCCAUUUCUAAAAUCUGGGGGGGGGUUCCCAAUUUUUAAAAAUCCCCAGAAAUUUCUUCGCGAAAACACACAGCCCGUAUUUCGCGCCAAGGUUGCGCGUAGGAUUUGGUGUUUGCGGGCAGUCGGUGUUGACAUACACUCUUAUUUUUUCCGUUCUUUCUUUAGGUUUGGGAUUUGAAUGAAACUCGUUGUAAAAUUCAUAUUUAUCACUUUUCCUAGUAAAAGUAACACAAUUUCAGUUGAUUUUUGAUUGUUUUAUACUAAAACUGGUGCUCAAAAAGCUUUUUUUAUGGAAAAAUGUACUUUCUUAAGUUUUUCUUCAGUUUGAAGUGCUCACUCAUUUCUAUUUUACAGGAAACACGUCUGCGAAAUUAUGGAAAUAUCGAAACAAUUUAUGAAGCGAGUUUGAUUUUCAAUCACGAGGAAAACUGAAGGAAAAGUGAGUUUUUUAACAUUGUUUUUCAAAAUUUGAGGUUGUGGUCGCAAGAAAAGCAAAAAAAGCAUGUUCGCUCCAUUGACAAACAUUGUUUUUCUCUAACCGCCUCUCAAAUAUUUCGUCGUUGUCGUUGAGGAAGGGUGUGACGUGGCUUGUUCCUGCAAAACUUUCAAAUAUUCAAAUUUCGCGCGGUAAAAUCGUGUUCUCCUCGAGAACUACACACACAUCUCCAAAAAUGAAGUGAAGCGAUAAAAAUCUUGAUGUCUCCUAAUAUGUUAUUACCAGUUUUGAUCAACAAAAAGUAGGUGUUGUGACCUUGGAUUUAUUUUGGAGUAGGGCGAAAAAAAAUCAUAUUAGUUUUAUUAUUGCGCCAUUUUGUCACUAUAACGUUAUUUUUGAUUUUAUGAAGAUUUUCUAACAUUUUUGACGUCAAAAAUAUAAAAAUAGCAAAUUUCGUUCACCUUGAAGAAAAGGCAAUUUUCUACUUUUUUCUAAUCCGCUACCCUGGGCAGAAAAAAAAAUGAUGAUCCGAAAAUUGAACGAGUUUUUUGUUCAUGCAUUUGUGAUUCUGAUUUUCUUGUAUUAAUUUAGUUAGAUACACAGAAAUUGUUUUUGAGUGAGUUUUUAGCGCUAAAAAUUCAUAGCUGCCGAGGCUAGAAAUUCUACUUUUCAAGGAGCCGUGCCUAUAGAACCUCAUUGUCAAGGAUUGACGCCUAGCGAACCACUAUGUCAGGGAUCAGCGCCUAGAAAACUUAGUUCUCUAGUAGCUGCACCUAGAUAAUCUUAUCGUCUAGAGCUCGCAUCUAGAAAUUCGCUCUAGUAAGGAGCCGCCCCUUGAGCAAACCUCACCCAAGAACCUGGAGUAGUGCGUGAAAAAAUGCCCAGCUGGUUUUUUUUCCAAAAUUGCCCACCUAGCGCUCGCCAUGGCGAGCUUUUUCAAAAAAAAAUUCGUUUUUUUUCAGUGAAAAUAGCAAAAGCUUCCUGAAAUCCCUCUACCUCUAUGUCCCCUCCUAAUUUCCCUAGCGCCCCGGGGUGGGACUCGAACCCACACCCUCGUGCGUUCAAGAGACGCACGUGUUCACCACUAGACCACCGACCCUGUUGAGAACGAGGAGGCGAAUUUCCAAGACAACAAACACUUCUGUGCCACCUACUUUUCUUUUUAUUUCACAUUGUGAAAAAAACUGAAUUUCAUUUUCAGCUUUUUCAGUAUUUAGAGUGAAUAUUUGCGUGUGGAAUUAACUAAGUAGCUUCCUAAGCCUAGUUCCCAGCUACAAAUAACAAUGGCCAGCUACUUUUUUGUUUAAAGGCCGAGAAAACCGAUGACCUGAUUUCUCUUAUAACGUUAGAGCAUUUUGGGUGAUUUCACACUUCAAACUUUUUGAGCUUUCGGAGUGAUUUUGAGCAAAAAGUUUGUUUUGGGACUAACAUUAUUUUUGCUUGUAGAUUCAUUUGAGCUUUUCAAAAUUUCUGAAAAAAUGAUUUUGACAUGAGUUAUCGAAAAUGACCAGUAUUUUACUCCAGGUGAUAGGUUUGCAAAAAAUUGAAAAAGUUUGCAGGUGGGAGAAAAGUGAAACUAGCUGGGAAUCGACUUACUUUUUAAUAUUAAGAAACAAAACAUCAAACUUUUCCUAGGAAAAAAGUCAGAAAACCUGAAAAACUGAAUUUUUCGUAUUUUUUAGAUGUUUCCAGCUGGCCAUCGGAAAAAUAAUAGUUGAAAUGAAUCUAAUUUCUGAAAUUUUUCAAAGAACAUCGUUGGAAGUAACAUUUUCUAACCAACAAGAGAAAAUUAUAGAAUUCAGUGAAAUUUUUUCGACGAAAAAUUCGAAAAAACCUUCGAAUUUUUUUAAAAUUUUACCCACCUACAAAAUUUUUUUUCAGUUGCCCACCUGGGAUUCCAGGUAUUGGGUGAGGUUUGCCCCUUGAGAGCUUCUAUGGCAAGCAACUAAGCCUAUAUAUCCUAGUAAUCAAGGAGCCUAGGCUAGAAAACCUAGUUCUCAAGUAGCCGCGCCUAAAGAGCCUAAUUGUCUAGGGCUCGCGUCUAGAGAUCCACUCUGACAAGGAACCGCCCCUUGGGAGCUUCUACAGCGUUAAGCAACCAAGCCUAGAAAGUUCAAUCGUCAAGGAUCAGAACCUAGAAAACCUAGUUCUCAAGUAGCCGAGCCUAGAGAGUCCAGUUCUCAAACAGCCGCGCCUAUAGAACCUAGCUCUCUUGGACUCUCAUUUAGAGAUCCACUAUGACAAGGAAUCGUUCCUUGGGAGCUUCUAUGCUAAGUAUCCGAGCCCAGAAAACCUAGUUCUCAAGUAGCCGCACCUUCAGAGUUCAAGUUCAUUUUUUUCAAACUUUUUUGAAACCCCAUUUUUCAAAUUUUGAAAAAUCAAUCAUUUUUCCGCCGUGUCAAAAAGUGAAAAUGUACUUUUCAAAUUUCCAAACGAAACCCUAUAAUUACCCGCCUUUUUCCGAUUUUCCACCAAGUGGAAGUGCCCAAUUUUCGUGUCACCUUUAGGCUGGUCUAAAAUUUUUGCCACGUGGCAUUUUUUUUCGCUUUCCUAAAAUACUACUAUUCUUCUCUAUUCUUCAUUUCAUUUCAUUUCACAAUGAAAACAUGAUCAAAAUAAAUAAAUAAAUAUUGCCUAAAUAAAUACGCGAGAGAGAGAGCACACAAAAUCGAGAGACGCCGAGAAAACCGUUUCUUCUCGCUUUCUCUGCGUCUCUCCCUAUGUUGUCUCUGACCCUUUUCAAUUGUCCGAAACUUUUUCGAUCGCGCGCAGCGCGCUCGCAACGAAAAACAACAUUUCUUAGCUUUUCCAAUUCAUUUUUCAUUUUUAUUCUGGGCCAAAACUGGGCUUUUUGGGGAAAAUUGGGAUUCUUGGCACUCAGAAAAUUUAAAUUCAGGUUUUUUAUUUGAAAUUUGAUUUUUCUUGACAAAAUUGCUGCAUUUUCGAAUUUUUUGAUAGAAAAACAUCUGCGUGGAUUUUUUUUUCGUAAAAAUUCUUGAAUUUGAAAAAUUUUGACAAAACCAAAAUUUAAAAUAUAAUAAUUUUUGCGCGAAAAAUUUGAAAUUGAAAAUUUAUUGCCACGUCGAAAAAUCCGAGCUCAAAAAAUUCCAGAAGUAAAUCUCCACGUGGAAUUUUUUGCAGCAGAAAUUAAAAGUUGUCCCGAUUUUUCUCCAUUUUUUAACCCAAAUUUUAAAUUUCCCAAAUUUACCCAAUUUUUUUCCUUCAUUUUUCCCUCCCUAAAACUUCCGGUCAAGAUUAGCUGAAGAAAAUUAAUUACACUUUUUCUUUCUUUUUUUCCUUGCCGCAUUUUCAUUUUCUCUCUUCCGACACAAAAAUUUACAUAAACUAACUAAGUUAGAAGGGGGGAUUAUUUUUUCAAUCGAUUUUUUGUCUUCACAAAGCUACAUACACAGCUCACUAGAAAAUGAGUGAAUGAGUGAAAAAAUAAACAAAUUUUCUCAUAAGAAACAUAUGUGACCUGGCACAUUUUUAUGAGAAAAUUUGGAAUUUUCUGGCUGAGUUAGGCUAACUUGAUCUGAAAUCCUUUUAACUUUUGCCAUCCACGUGGAGUUUUUUUAAUGAUUUGAACAUUUGAAUUCAAUAUUUUUGAGUUUAACAUGAGCAAUACCCCCAUUUUUGGCUCUUUUUUCUCCCACAAACCAAACCAUGACUCAUAAAUAUUGAUUUCCUGUUUUAUUUGACUUGAUAACACACACACAUUUUUCGACAGAAAAUGCAUAUUUUUCACGGUCUGUUCUUUCUGUUUGUAUAGUUUUUUCCAUGAGUCAUGACGAUUUUUUAUUUUUUUUUAUUUUGAUGCGAGAUUUUUGGCUAAAAUUGAAGAAUUUCAGUCAUUUCUAGAUUUCAAGAUAUGAUUUUAAUCUUUGAAAUUUAUCUGAAAUUUUUUGGUGUAGAAAAUUCAGAAUUUCUAGAUUCUUUGGAACUUGUAAAUUUCAGGAAUUCUUUGAAUUUUUCUAAAAUUUUGUUGAAGAUUUUCAGGUUAGAUUCUUGGAUUCUCUAAAAAUUCGGUAUUCAAAAUUUUCUUUGCCACGUGGAUUAUUUUUUGAAUUACAAAUUUUUUAGUGUGAUUAAAAAUUCCACGUGGCAACAAUUUUCAAUUUAGCGAUUUUCAGUUCAGAAUUUCGGUCCUAAAUAUUUGAGACACGUGGAUUCUUUUUUGAAUUCCAAAUUUUUUAUUGUGAUCAAAAAUUCCACGUGGCAACAAUUUUCAAUUUAGCGAUUUUCAGUUCAGAAUUUCGGUCCUAAAUAUUUGAGACACGUGGAUUCUUUUUUGAAUUCCAAAUUUUUUAUUGUGAUCAAAAAUUCCACGUGGCAACAAUUUUCAAUGUAGAGAUUUUCAGUUCAGCAUUUCAAUGCCAACAAUUUCAGUCCUACAAAUUCGGGAAUUUCAGAAUUUUCAGAGUUAAAAGCCACGUGGAAUUUCAAAAUUUGUCAAAUUCUCUGAUCUACCAAAAUUUUCUAUAUCCACAGGUUGUAAUUUACUACCUCAAAUCGCUCGACCUCAUAUUUUUCAUUAAUUUUUGGGUAGAUCAAAAAUAUUUUUUCUCUAAAUCUCUCGGUUUUGCGCUGAAUUUCGUCGAUUUUAGUCCCACCCCUAAGAUCGUGUCAGGUCUCAAAAAAUGCGCGAAAUUUUUCGGGUAGUAAAUUACACUCUGUGAUAUCCUAAAUUUUCGCCAUUCCAAAAACAAAUCCAGUUUUCACUUUUUCCAUUUCGCAUUUCAUCCCAAAAAUAGAACCAGGAAUGAUGAAUAAAAUAAAAUGAAAAGUGAGAAUUUUGGCAGCCAGCCAGGCCGGUUCCUUCUUUUUCUUCUUCUUUUCAUUUCUCUUUUGUUCUUUUCCUACUUCUCCAGAUGACACAUCUUUUCUCUCUUUUUGUUGUCGUCUUGUCAUUUUUGCAUAAAUGAAAGAAAAAAGAACGGUGUGAGAGAGAAGUUUUACGAUAAAAUAAAAAUUAUGCUAAUUUAUCGAUUUUCUUUUGGGGGAUGGCCUAGAAACCCAAAUCACAUUCUAGGCCCUCUUCUGGUAGAUCAAAAAUCAACCAGUAGUGGCCUAGAAUCCCAAAAAAAAUGGUCAAAAGCCUAGGUUUGGAUUUCUAGGCCAUGACUGACUUGGGGUUCUAGACCACCUUUUUUUAAAGGGAUUAGGUUUUUGCGUGCAGCUUUUGGGGGUUUGGGUUCCUAGGCCAUCAUUUGGAUUUCUAGGCCACAGAUUUCUUGAGCUUGAAUUGGUUUUCUAGGCCAUGAUUCAUUUUUAGGCCCUGUUUUCUCGCCCUUCUCUAAUCUCUCUCUCUCUCUCAUUUUUUUUCAAAUUUUUUAUGUGAGAACGGAAAAAUCUUCUCCUCCUACCAACCCAGCAAGUGUUCCUUUUUCCCUCCAAAAAUCCUCUACUUUUUUCACUUUUUUUUUCUUAUCGAUUUUUGUUUGGCUCUGGAAAUUUGAUAUUUUUUCAGGAAGGCAGAUACCUUCGAGACUCCGGAAAGGCUUUGGAUUUCACUUUUAUUUUUUUUUUUUUUUGGACGAUCGUAGUAAAGGUGAGGUUUUAUAGCCCUCCAGCUACUCAAAAGUAGCUGCUCGAGUAACUGAGCAGAUUAUCUGCUUAUCUACUCGAUAGUACAGCACGCUCAUCUGCUCGAGUAGAUAAUCUGCUCAUCUGCUGAGUAGCUAAGCGUACUCAUCUGCUCGAGCAGAUUAUCUGCUUCGCCUGCUCGAGCAGUCUACUCGAAAUCUGCUCACUUGUUUUUUGAAGAUGAAUUUGAAAUUUUUUUUUAAUGACUGAAAAGUUGUAAGUGAAGUAGGAGAAGCUUGAAUUUCAGCUUCUGGUGUCAUUUUAGGCAGAAGCUGACUUUUAAAAGAGUAUGCAUGAAAAAAUCGAUUUUUAUGAAAUUUGAAAUUUAAGGGUAUUUUGAUAUGGGGAACAUCGUGGUGAGACCCAUUCGGCCCAAAAAAUCACUUUUAAAGGACCCCAUCACUCAAAAAUUUUUUUUUGAAAAUGAGGUAUUUGGCCUCGGGGAACAUUUUGGUGAGGUAUACGGUCGGGAACAGACUUUUAAAGGCGCAUGCCAGGUUAUUGCACAUUUUCCGAGAUUUUUUUUCAAACGAUCAUAACUUUUUUAUUUUUUAAUCUUUUUGAAAUUUCGACAACCAUUUUGACGGUCUUGAGGCGGGCUACAUUUUUUGUGUUGACACCAACUACCGUACUUCGCUCCUAAGAGGUGAAAAAUACGGUUUUAUCUCUCAGAUCUCUCAAAAAUGUCAUUUUUUGAUGUAAAUUGAACAAAACCGUGUUUUUCACCUCUUAGGAGCGAAGUACGGUAGUUGGUGUCAACACAAAAAAUGUAGCCCGUCUCAAGACCGUCAAAAUGGUUGUCGAAAUUUCAAAAAAGAUUAAAAAAUAAAAAAGUUAUGAUCGUUUGAAAAAAAUAUCUCGGAAAAUGUGUAAUAGCCUGGCAUGCGCCUUUAAAAGUCUGUUCCCGACCGUAUACCUCACCAAAAUGUUCCCCGUGUCCAAAUACCUCAUUUUCAAAAAAAAAUUUUUUUGAGUGAUGGGGUCCUUUAAAAGUGAUUUUUGGGCCGAAUGGGUCUCACCACGAUGUUCCCCAUAUCAAAAUACCCUUAAAUAUCAAAUUUCAUAAAAAAUCGAUUUUUCAUGCAUACUUCCUUUAAAAGUCAGCUUCUGCCUAAAAUGACACCAGAAGCUGAAAUUCAAGCUUCUCCUACUUCACUUACAACUUUUCAGUCAUUAAAAAAAAAUUUCAAAUUCAUCUUCAAAAAACAAGUGAGCAGAUUUCGAGUAGACUGCUCGAGCAGGCAAGCAGAUAAUCUGCUCGAGCAGAUGAGUACGCUUAGCUACUCAGCAGAUGAGCAGAUUAUCUACUCGAGCAGAUGAGCGUGCUUAGCUACUCGAGUAGAUAAGCAGAUAAUCUGCUCGAGCUACUCGAGCAGCUACUUUUGAGUAGCUGGAGGGCUAUAUGAGGUUUUACUCUGAAAAAUUAAAAAAAAGUAAAAUUGCUUGCCUCGACUAGGGAUCGAACCCGUGACCUAAGGAUUCAAAAGCGUGCGUGUUAACCACGCGCUCAUGUUUCUUCUUGCACGCAAAUUUUUGAUAUAUGAAACGAGGGUUCACCUAACGUUUUCCCAACUUCUAUUAAAUCCAUCCGCUAAAAUUGGGUCAUUUCAAACAACUUAAGAGGUUGGUUUUCCAUUCAAUUUUGUGUGUUAAAUAACCUUGAAAACACCAUUUUUCCAAUGCUUGUGUGUUUUUUUUUCGCGCGGAAAGAAAAAAUUCAAUUUUACUCAGCACUUGACUCUGUAGACUGACUGUACAAAUUUCGUUGAUACUUUGUACGAAAACGGGGAAGAGAGAAUUGCACAUAAGUAACAUCCGUUCAUCUACAAAGUAGCUACAGAACAGCAUCGGCGUAGCUACGGAUUCAAAAUUAAUAUAGAGCGGUCACUUCACUUCAUUUCUGUCCGCGAAUUGUGUAGCUACAGCGGAGAUACGCUGUACGUACGUUUUCAUCUCGGAUUGUGUGCCGCUUGGCAGCUCUCGUCAGAAUUUCAGGAGUGCGUAAUAACGAUUUAUCAUCUGCGUAGCUACGAAUUAUAUUUUUUCGUAGCUACGCUGAAGAUAAAAUGAACCUACGAUUUUCGGGAAAAAAAGUGUAGGUACAGCGUUCAUUCGCUGUAUUCACACUUUUUCAAUUUGUACAGUCAGUCUACAGAGUCAAGUGCUGAGUAGAUAAUUCUGCUUCUCUAAUCCCCUCUCUCUCUCUCUCCGAGAGUUUGUUGACUUUUUUCUUCAAAAAAAAAUGUUUAGACAUUUUUUUUUGAAAACUAGUUAUUUUCAAGAAGAAACUUGUGUUAUCGAUUUUUUCUAGGCUCUUUUCCUCUUUUUAAGCUAGCUCUGGGUUGGCUGAAAAUAUUGAUUUUUGUUUUUUUGGCUAGAAAAAAUUCUGGUAUUUUUUCAAUUUUUCAUGAAAAAAAACUAAUCAAAAAUUUGUUGAGACGUAUUUCUUGCUGGAAUUUUUCAGCCCUUUUUUUCUUGAAAAACAAACCCAGGUGGUAUUUACGAUGCUCCGCGUUUACAUAGAUUUUCCACGUGGCAAAAAAAAAAUUCAGGAGUUUGUGAGCCGAAAUUCGAAUGUUUUUCUGUAAACGAUGCUCCGCGUUUACACAGUUUUGUGAAAUUUACGAUGCUCCGAGUUUACGUAAAUUUUUAGCCGCGUCAAAAUUUGAUCUGCAAAAAAUCCACGUGGAAAAAAAAAUUCAGGAGUUUUUGAGCCACAAUUCGAAUGUUUUUCUGCAAACGAUGCUCCGUGUUUACACAGUUUUGUGAAAUUUACGAUGCUCCGCGUUUACGUAGAUUUUUCGCAUCGAAAUUUGACGUGUCACAAAAUCCACGUUGCAAAAAUAUUCUGUAAACGAUGCUCCGCGUUUACAAGGUUCAAAUUAUUUAACAUCACAUUUUCUACCAUUUUCAUAAUGCAUGAAUCAUCUCAAAAGCCACGAAAAAUAUUCAACAAUAUUUUAAAACGUAUUUUUCUCAGCCAAAAUUUGAAUGUUUUUCUGCAAACGAUGCUCCGCGUUUACACGGUUUUUAGAACAUUUUCCAAGUGGAAUUUACGAUGCUCCGCAUCAUAUUUUUCUUCCUUUUUUAUAAUGCUCAAAUCAUAUUGAAAGCCACCAAACAAUCUGUGAAAAAUAUUCAACAAUAUUUUGAAACGUAUUUUUCCAGGCUCCUCCAAAAUGGUGGCAGUUCAACGAACGACCAUCGAAGCAGUCAGCGCAGUCCGCCCGCUCAAAAUCAUUUCGCUAAUCUGCCUUUUCAUCGCCGUCGGCUUCUCAAUUCUCUCGCUCUGCUCAACAUCGUGGCUCAAAUCCGGCUCAUUCCGCACGGGCCUUUUUCAAGAGUGCACAUCGUCGAAUGACCCCAAUCAUGCUCCACCGUUUGUCGGAGCACCCGAACCCGGAAAAUGUCAUAAACCAUCGAGGAAUUCGGGAUUUUUGACAGCCGCCGCGGUUUUAUUGCUGAUCUCGUUGUUUUUGACAGCGUUGGCUGCGCUUUUUAAUAUUGUUGGAUUGAGUAAAGGCGAUGUUCGUGGGAAAUAUCGAUGGUAUCGAUUGGCCACUAUGAUUGCCGCAUUUUCUGGUGAGUUUUUUGGAGGGUUUUGAGCUCGAAAUGCUCUUGGGGACUAGAAAUUUGUUUGGAUUUCUAGGCCAUGAGAUCUCAAAUUAUUUUGGAUUUCUGAUUUUGAAGUUCUGCUGAACUCUAAUUUUAGGGAAUCCAAGAUUCUAAAAAAAUUUUGGAGCCAGAAACCAAAAUUCCCAGAAUCUGAAGAUUUACCUAGAUUUAAGAAAAACCUCCAGAAAAUCUCCUGAAUUUAAUUUCUGAAACUGAAAAAGUUCCAAGAAACUUUUUUCAGAAUUUUGAGCUUCAGCUGGGUUUUUCGAAAAUUUCCUAAAUUCAAUUUUUGAAACCAAAAAAGUUCCCAGAAACUUUUUUUCAAAAUUUUAAGCUUCUACUGGGUUUUUGAAAAAUUUCUAAGUUUAAUUUCUGAAACGUAAAAUUCUCUAGAAUCUCAGAAAUCCUAGAUUUCAAAAAAAAAAUGAGUUCAGAAUCAUCCAGAACUUGUUCAUCGAAUUUCAGAGAUGAAAAAAUCUGAUCCCAAAAAUCUACGCAGGAGCUCGAAUCAUUUUGAAUUUUUGAACAUUUUGGAAAAAUAAUGGGGUGAUUCAAGUCAAAAAAAAAAUAAAAAACAUUUUUUGACAAAAAAUUCGAUUCAGCAAAUGUCGAAAAACCAUAUUUUUUCUUAUUUUUUGACAUUUUUUUUCGUUUUUGUGUGGAAAAAAUAUAGUUUUUUGACAUUUGCUGAAUCAAUUUUUUUUAAAUUUUUGUUUGACUUGAAUAAGUUCAACAAAAUUAGAAAAAUUCCAAAAUUCCACCCCAAAUCAUUUCUACUUCCAGUUCUUCUCCAACUCAUCGCUCUAAUCAUGUUCCCCGUCGCAUUCUACGUCAAAAUGAACGAAUACGGUAAUCGUCGAAAUUGGGAAGUCGAUUGGUCAUAUGGAAUCGCAUGGGGUGCAACAUUAUUCACACUGGGCGCCUCAAUUAUGCUCAUUUGUGAUAAAGAACACGAAGAGGUUUAUUAUAAGGAGAAGACGAUUUAUAAUCCACCGCCUGAGUUGAAUGAACGAUAG